UGUCCUUGUCUUGUCUGAUCGAAACAGUGAGUGACACCCCCCUCCCUAUUUUUGUCAUUCAAAUCAAAAACUCGAAACCUCUUCUUCUCUACUGUCUCGCAAUUGAAUUCAACCAGUCUUCUUCAUGUAUCAAAUCUCCAAUCGAAAUCCUAGAAUACCACCAUAAAUGUAACCUGAAAGGGGAAAAAAGUAGAAACAGACAAUUCUCCUGUACGUUAACCUUUCUCUUGCCUGCCCUCUGGCGUCUGCAUUAACAGAGAGUGUUUAGAGAGGGAGAAAGUGAUAGAGAUGCCAAGCGUCGCUGUAAAGCUCUACAGCGUGUUCUUCAAACUCCUUCUGAAACAUCGUUUGCAGAAUAGAAUACAGAGCACAUUUAAUGACAACAACGCUUUCGGCGUUACGUCUCGUCCUGAAGAAACUAUCGCCGCUGCGAACCCUUCCUUCACCGACGGCGUCGCCACCAAAGACAUCCACAUAGAUCCCUUCACCUCUCUCUCCGUUCGAAUUUUCCUCCCCGAUACCUGCCUCGCCGCCGCUGAUUCUGAAAGGCAAUCUCAAUCUAGGGUUAGGGUUCGGAAUUCUUAUAGAUCGCCAGAUCGAGGUUACGCAUCCGCGACUAUCGACGCAAGGCACGACCUCUACCAUCUUCGUCGUAACAGCUAUGACCCUUCCGGGACAACCAAAUCCGUAUCUCCGACCGACCAGCUCCGCAGGAGCAGCUACGGUGGCAGCAGCGAUACCGAUGCCCUGAUUUCGAAGCAGGAAAGUGGAACUUAUAGAGGUUACUCCCCGUCCCUAGAAAAUGACCACCAGACUUGUCGGAAGUUGCCUCUGAUCUUGCAAUUUCACGGUGGCGGGUUUGUUGCUGGUAGCAAUGAGUCCGCGGCCAAUGAUUUCUUUUGUAGACGGAUCGCUAAGUUGUGUGAUGUGAUUGUUAUCGCCGUGGGCUAUAGGCUUGCGCCAGAGAAUCGUUAUCCGGCUGCAUUUGAGGAUGGUCUCAAAGUCUUGAACUGGCUGGGGAAGCAGGCAAAUCUGGCCGAGUGUAGUAAGUCUCUCGUGAACACACGCGGUUCCGGUGCUGGCGCUGGCGCUGGUGCUGGUGCUGAUGCCAGGAGAUCUGAUGUUCAUCGGCACAUUGCUGAUGCAUUUGGAGCAUCAAUGGUGGAGCCUUGGUUGGCUGCUCAUGGAGAUCCCUCCAGGUGUGUUCUCCUAGGUGUGAGCUGUGGUGCAAACAUUGCAGACUAUGUUGCUAGAAAGGCUGUUGAGGCAGGCAAGCUUCUAGAUCCUGUGAAGGUGGUAGCACAGGUUUUGAUGUACCCUUUCUUCAUUGGGAGUGUCCCCACACAUUCAGAGAUUAAACUUGCAAAUUCUUACUUCUACGACAAGACCAUGUGCAUCCUUGCAUGGAAGCUUUUCCUACCUGAGGAGGAGUUCAGUCUGGACCAUCCAGCAGCCAAUCCCCUCAUCCCAGGGAGGGAGCCACCACUGAAGUAUAUGCCUCCAACACUAACAGUGGUGGCAGAGCAUGAUUGGAUGAGAGACCGUGCAAUUGCAUACUCAGAGGAGCUUCGAAAAGUUAAUGUUGAUGCACCAGUUCUUGAGUACAAGGAUGCUGUUCAUGAGUUUGCAACACUUGACAUGCUCCUUAAGACUCCGCAAGCCCAGGCCUGUGCCGAGGACAUUGCAAUUUGGGUUAAGAAGUAUAUCUCACUCCGGGGUCACGAAUUCUCUUACUAAUUAGUAGGUAAAAGGAAACCCAGAACCCAGAAACAGCUGCAGCAGGAGCAGGAGCAUCAAUUUUUGUAUCUACAUUUCAUCUACAAGAUAGGGGUAAGUUGAAUUGCGUGAUUCAUGCCAAUAUAGCCACGUUGUUUGUAGGAAUGUUCCACAAUUUUUUUAUUUACCUGUUUAUUUUUGUAAGAUAGAGAAUUUAUUUGAGGGUAGGGUUUAUAGUUGGACAAUGAGCAUUUUCCUCCAUGUCUUGAGGUCAUAUGCGUAUGUUCUUAGAACUUUUUUUUUUUUUUUUGCUCUUGUUCUUUCUAUUUGUCCUUUUUCACUACGAGAUGUAUUAUUCACCGUGAAUAUAAUCAAUUAAGAGAUGCAUUCAUUUUCC